CUCACCACACGCACACAGCAAAAUGUAUCGUUCAUCAAACACAGACAGAAAUUGCUGUCGACUGCAUGCGCCGACCCCGUGACAUAUAGACAUCACCUCCGUCGACAUCCGGCGAGUCCACUACCAGGCUCUCAGAGUGUGCCACACAAGGCCUCGACCGUCUUGACAGCCCACUCGGUCAGCGGAAGCAGAAAGACAGCCCUGGUCGCCUUGCUCAACCGCGGGAGCCACGUGGUGAGCUGCUUUUGUGUCUGUGGGGCGAGAGCGGUCGAGCCCUCGAAGUGGACCGUCUGGUGCCCUUUUGGGUUGACGGCGAGGGAGUGGAGGGAGGGGUGGGUGGGCGAGAGGCUGCCGAUGAUGGUCUGAGUGCCCAGCAGCGGGCUGAGCAUGGUAUAGAUGAGCGUGUCGGGCAGCGCCAGCAGACGGGGAGGGGGCGGGGACUGAAGACAAGAGAGCGGAAAAGAACACAGACGGGCAUGUGAAGUUGACAGGCCACACAUCACAUGUGUCCAUCGCACCUGAUGGCGGAGAAAGGCCUCGAUGUAUUCCAUCUUCUCCUCAGCCACUGUGAUCUGGGCGUUUCUCUUGGCCAGUGAGUCCUCCCGGCAGAUGGCAUCCAUGACACUGGAGCAGAUGCGAUGCUGGACAGUCACGUGCUGAGGAUGCACACACGGACGCACACUGGGAUGGCAUGCAUUUGUGCCUUCGUAUUGCUUGCCGUCCCUCACGCUGCUCUCUUGUCAGCCGCUCUUCUCUGGCGAAUGCAUUCCAAUGCCGCUCCAGCUGCAAGACACACACACGAAAACAAACACGGCAUGGAGGCUGUCUUUCGUAAGCGUAACGGACCCACCCGUUCGAGUACGUCGUCGAUUCUCUGUGCUGUACGGCGAUGGGCAUCGGCCACCGAACGCAGGGCGCCCAUGUCGGGCACGUCAACGGCCAUAUCGCGGCGUUUGUCACAUGCUGCUGAACUGAGCUGCCGCCUGUG